CCUCUUCGCUUGUAUUGUAGAGAGAGAGACCUGCGAACUUUAGAGAGAAAUCCAUAGAAGAUGAGCGGUGUGGGGAAGAAGGUGGCCGAUGUGGCGUUCAAGGCAUCAAAGACGAUCGAUUGGGAUGGCAUGGCGAAGAUGAUCGUUAGCGAUGAGGCUCGCAAGGAGUUUUCCUCCCUCCGCCGUGCAUUUGACGAAGUUAAUUCAGCUCUUCAGACCAAGUUCAGCCAGGAACCAGAACCAAUUGACUGGGAGUACUACAGAAAGGGACUUGGAUCGCGCAUAGUUGAUUCUUACAAAGAAUAUUAUGAUAGUGUUGAAAUCCCCAAGUUUGUAGACAAAACAACUCCAGAGUACCAACCAAAGUUCGAUGCACUGUUGGUGGAACUGAAAGAGGCUGAACAGAAAUCCCUCAAGGAAUCUGAAAGAUUGGAAAAAGAAAUCACCGACGUCCAAGAGCUGAAGAAAAAACUUAGUACCAUGACGGCUGAUGAAUACUUUGAGAAACGGCCCGACUUAAAAAAGAAAUUUGACGAUGAAAUCAGAAAUGAUUAUUGGGGCUACUGAUUUAUGGUUUGGUUGCUUCAUGAGGAGAAGCUAUUUGAACCCAUUCCUUUUUCUUUGGUGUUUUAGAAAUAAAACAAAGAGGAACAGAGAUAUGAUUAUUAUUUGUUUGCUUGGCAGUUUGAAGAUCCCUUCUUUAUUGAGGUAAUGAAAUUUAUGUUUUCAAGAAAUAAAACGAUCGAAUGCAUUACAUUUUCUCA